AUGGCGUCCCUAGUCUUUGACUUCGAAGAACAAGAAAUUGAUGGAAGAACCUACAGGCUUCCCAUCCUGAACAUGAACAGAGCUGUGUUUAAGAAAAUAGGUAAAUCUAGCUACAAAAUUGGCAAGAGAGAGGAAAUAAUCCCUAAGGAGCAAUCUGAAGACAGAUACCAACAAGCUAAGGAGAUAUACAAAGGUAAGGCCAGAACCAAAAAUGAUAAACCCGCCAGUGAUGAUGUAGAAGAGAAUGAAGACUACGUCGAAGACCCGGAACAAGAAGAAAGCGAUCAAGAAGACAAUGAAGACUUUGAAGAUAAUUUCUUUGGUGAUGAAGAAGAGGAAGAAAAAAUCAGCACUGAGAAGCCUCAAGAGAUGAAUAAGGCAGCUCCAGUUUUUAAGCCUAAGCAACAUCCUCCCAGCAGACCAAGACCUUUGACUCAUUUCAUGUGCUUGCCAAUUACUCAUAAAGGCCUUGCUAAGAAAUUGGUAGACUUCCAAUAUAAAGUUGAUGCGUUUGAUAAAGGAAGAAGUGUCGUUGAAGGGUGGUACAUUGGAGAAGGACUCCUUAAUAUCACCUUAUUCAGACUUCCUUUAGAGACUAAAGAGAGAGUGGAAGAGGCUUGUAAACUCCUCCAAAGCCUUCAACCAGAAAUAGAAGAAUUCCUUGGCCAAAAGAAGCUUAAUCUAAACCUGAAGGGUGUAGGAGAUUUUAAGAUCAAUGAUAGAGAAAGCCAGGUUCUUUUUGCUAAGUUGUCAAAUAAUAAGCCUUAUGAGAUUCUAUGUGAACUAGUCGAUUGGAUCAAAGAAAGGAUGAUCUCAAGCGGCUUAGUGACCCAGCAAGAGCUCAAGAGAGAACCCUUCCAUUUGGCCCUUAUUAACUCUUCACAUAUGAAGAUAAAGAAUGAGCUUCGUGGGUUCAAUGGCAAUGCAAUCUGUAGCAAGUUCCAUUCAGAGAGCCUAGGAACUUUCGCACCACAGAAGAUCUCUCUUUGUAGUUGGAAAAUGAUAGAUGGCCAUUAUAUUAAGGAAUGUGAUAUCUCUAUUUAG